AUGCGUCGUUGGUCGCUCUCAUCACCGCUGCCAACAACUUCGCUCGAUGAAGACAAAAUUCAAAGUCAACAAAUCUGUCUACGUCAAUGCAAACUACUCGUAACUGUGUGUGUUGCAAUCAUUAUUAUUGUAUUUGGGAUUAUCUAUAUCGUACAACAGGAAAGGUUUUUCAAUGCAGAACAUCGGUAUAGGAAAGACAAUCUGUAUGUGCACGACCAAGAUUUCUUAUACAAUACGUAUAUUCAAGAUGUCUCAGAUAUUUUGAUCAAGUUACCUGCAACAAAUCCGUUGGAUGAGAAAUCUCUUCGUUACAUUCGAACAAAAACAACGCUCGUUUUAAGGCGUUUGAAUGCGGAACGGAAGAAAGAUGUUCUUAUUUUUCUCUAUGAAACAAAUCUGAUUAAAGAUUAUCGUUUGAAUUUACGAGAAGCUGAUUUCAAUCAAAUCGAAUUAACUUGUCCAAGUCAAUUUCGUGACCUUUAUCUACCUGGAAUCAUUUGUUCGAAUGCGAUUUUCAUAAAUUGUCAGUUUAUAUCUGCGAAUUUCGAUCAAGCCAAUCUCGUAAACGCUCGCUUCAUAAAUUCAACACUGCAAAACGCGUCAUUCAUCGAAACAAAUCUCGAUCGAGGUCAUUUCAUUCGAAGUAUCAUACUCUACAAUGACUUCAGCGGUGCUUCUCUUGUUCAAGCGAACUUUCUUCAAGCACAACUAGUUCAAGGAAAUAAUUUCACAUAUGCUGAUCUCUAUCAUGCAAACAUAACUAAUGAUCAAUUAGAAGGAAAAAAUUCCAUUGUUAUAGAACAUGAUUUUCGCUAUGCACGAUUUCCGAAUGGAUCGUUUGUCUUACCAAAUCGUUCGGAAAAUUUAAUUAUCAAUGGAGAUGCUGAAAUCGAUUGCUUUGGUAGUAAAUCUACAAUGUGGACACCAAUUCAUCACAACAUGAAUUUAUCAACAGAUGUGAUUGAAAAUGCGACUUCUUGGGGAAAUUGUUCAUUUGUAAUGACAAGUCCCAGCCGUGUUUAUCAAAUUAUCGAUUUACAUAUUUACAAAUUAUUGAUCGACAAAAACAGCGCACUGAUGUCUUUUAACGCAUUCGCUAAUUGUGAACAAUCGUAUUUCGAAUUGACUUUUCAUCGUAUGGAUACCAUUGUUCAUCAAGCAAAGAUUUAUUCAAAAGCAACUAACAAUUUCAUCUUGACAAAAAACACCAGUAUGUAUCAAUACGGAGAAGUCAAUUAUCAUGUACCGGUAUACACACGUCACAUUACGAUACAUUUUGGUGUCAAAACAGUUGACACUCAACAACUAUGUUAUUUCGAUAAUAUAACAUUAACCAUCUUUUAA